CCCCCCCCACCUCCCCCUCCCAGCACUGUCCAUUGGCUUGUCCUGGUCGCUUUUUCAUGUCCAGCCCCUGAUGUGUGUCCAUUGGUGUUAGCCUACCCUUCCCUCCUCCCCUUCUCUCCUGCUCGCCCUGCCCAUGUUUUGUAUGUCUCUGUCCAUCCAGGCUCCUGACGUUCAAGUUCGCAGGGACGUCACGUCCGCACUUGAACUUGCAGCUCAGGGGGGCUUUUGCCAUUUUUUUCAUCUCUCUCUCUCUCUCCCUCUCUCUCUCUCCCUCUCUCUCUCCCUCUAUCUCUCCUCUCUCUCUCUCUUUUUUUUUUGCCCAAAAAAAAAAAGCCAUGACGGCUCUCCCACAAUUCAUCUUCCCUGCGCCAUCUUUGUAUUAUUUCUAAUUUAUUUUGGAUGUCAAAAGGCACUGAUGAAGAUAUUUUCUCUGGAGUCUCCUUCUUUCUAACCCGGCUCUCCCGAUGUGAACCGAGCUGUAGUUCACCAGCCGCCGCCGCCGCCGCCUCCUACUCCACAACCCACCAUGUCUCGCCGCAAGCAAGGCAAGCCCCAGCACUUAAGCAAACGGGAAUUCUCGCCCGAACCUCUCGAAGCCAUUCUUACGGAUGAUGAACCAGACCACGGCACGUUGGGAGCACCAGAAGGGGACCAUGACCUUCUCACCUGUGGGCAAUGCCAGAUGAACUUCCCAUUGGGGGACAUUCUCAUUUUUAUUGAGCACAAACGGAAACAAUGCAAUGGCAGUCUCUGCUUAGAGAAAGCUGUGGAUAAGCCACCCUCACCUUCGCCAGUCGAGAUGAAAAAGGCAUCCAAUCCUGUGGAGGUUGGCAUCCAGGUUACGCCAGAAGAUGACGAUUGUUUAUCAACGUCAUCUAGAGGAAUUUGCCCCAAACAGGAACACAUAGCAGAUAAACUUCUGCACUGGAGGGGACUCUCUUCCCCUCGUUCUGCACAUGGAGCUCUUAUUCCCACACCCGGGAUGAGUGCAGAAUACGCCCCACAGGGUAUUUGUAAAGAUGAGCCCAGCAGCUACACAUGUACAACUUGCAAACAGCCAUUCACCAGUGCAUGGUUUCUCUUGCAACACGCACAGAACACUCACGGAUUAAGAAUCUACUUAGAAAGCGAACACGGAAGCCCCCUGACCCCGCGGGUUGGUAUCCCUUCAGGACUAGGUGCAGAGUGUUCCCAGCCACCACUUCAUGGGAUUCAUAUUGCAGACAGUAACCCCUUUAACCUGCUAAGAAUACCAGGAUCGGUAUCGAGAGAGGCUUCGGGUCUCGGCGAAGGGCGCUUUCCACCCACCCCCCCUUUGUUUAGUCCUCCACCGAGACAUCAUUUGGAUCCCCAUCGCAUAGAGCGCCUAGGGGCAGAAGAAAUGGCCCUGGCCACCCAUCACCCGAGUGCCUUUGACAGGGUGUUGCGGUUGAAUCCUAUGGCUAUGGAGCCGCCCGCUAUGGAUUUCUCUAGGAGACUUAGAGAGUUGGCAGGGAACACGUCUAGCCCACCGCUGUCCCCAAGCCGGCCCAGCCCUAUGCAAAGGUUACUGCAGCCAUUCCAGCCAGGUAGCAAGCCGCCCUUUCUAGCUACGCCCCCCCUCCCUCCUCUACAGUCUGCCCCUCCUCCCUCCCAGGCCCCAGUCAAGUCCAAGUCCUGCGAAUUCUGCGGGAAGACGUUCAAAUUCCAGAGCAACCUGGUAGUGCACCGGCGGAGCCACACGGGCGAGAAGCCCUACAAGUGCAACCUCUGCGACCACGCGUGCACCCAGGCCAGCAAGCUCAAGCGCCACAUGAAGACCCACAUGCACAAGUCGUCCCCCAUGACGGUCAAGUCCGACGACGGCCUGUCCACCGCCAGCUCCCCGGAGCCCGGGACCAGCGACCUGGUGGGCAGCGCUAGCAGCGCCCUCAAGUCGGUGGUGGCCAAGUUCAAGAGCGAGAACGAUCCCAACAUGAUCCCGGAGAACGGGGACGAGGAGGAAGAGGAGGACGACGAGGAAGAGGAGGAAGAGGAGGAAGAGGAGGAGGAGGACCUGACGGAGAGCGAGAGGGUGGACUACGGCUUCGGCCUCAGCUUGGAGGCGGCCCGCCACCACGAGAACAACUCCCGGGCUGGCGAGGAGAACCGCUCCAUCCCCGACGUGAUGCAGGGCAUGGUGCUGAGCUCCAUGCAGCACUUCAGCGAAGCCUUCCACCAGGUCCUGGGCGAGAAGCAUAAGCGAGGCCACCUGUCCGAGUCCGAGGUGCACAGGGACACUUGCGACGAAGACUCGGUCGCGGGCGAAUCCGACCGCAUAGACGAUGGCACUGUCAACGGGCGCGGCUGCUCCCCGGGAGAGUCGGCGUCAGGGGGCUUGUCCAAAAAGCUGCUCCUGGGCAGCCCCAGCUCGCUGAGCCCUUUCUCCAAGCGCAUUAAGCUCGAGAAGGAGUUCGACCUGCCCGCCACCGCGAUGCCCAACACCGAAAACGUUUACUCCCAGUGGCUCGCCGGCUACGCGGCGUCCCGGCAGCUCAAAGACCCCUUCCUCAACUUCGGAGACUCCAGACAAUCGCCUUUUGCCUCGUCCUCAGAGCACUCGUCGGAGAACGGCAGCUUGCGCUUCUCCACGCCCCCCGGGGAGAUGGACGGAGGCAUUUCGGGCCGCAGCGGCACGGGAAGCGGUGGGAGCACUCCGCAUAUUAGUGGCCCGGGCCCUGGCAGGCCCAGCUCAAAAGAGGGCAGACGCAGCGACACUUGUGAGUACUGUGGGAAAGUCUUCAAGAACUGUAGCAAUCUCACUGUCCACAGGAGAAGCCACACGGGCGAAAGGCCUUAUAAAUGCGAGCUGUGCAACUAUGCCUGUGCGCAGAGUAGCAAACUCACCAGGCACAUGAAAACGCAUGGCCAGGUGGGGAAGGACGUUUACAAAUGUGAAAUUUGUAAGAUGCCUUUUAGCGUGUACAGUACCCUGGAGAAACACAUGAAAAAAUGGCACAGUGAUCGAGUGUUGAAUAAUGAUAUAAAAACUGAAUAGAGGUUCUUCACACACCCCCAUUCGGCGUAGUGCCCAGAGAGCUCAAGAUGUGUGGCAGUUUUCGGAUGGAAGCUCGAGAGCCCUUAAAUUCUGAGAAAAUUUGAUGCCCUUUCCCCCCCACCCAAGGCAGGGUGGGAUGUCCUGCCGCCCAGCCGACAUCAAGAGCGUGGUCCGUCAUACUGCUAGUUUGUGAUGUUUUCUGACAGUAGCCUCCAAGAAGCCGUCGUGUGAAGACAGAGUCCUGCGGAGUCCUUCCCAUCUGGGCCUGCAGCGCCAUUUUAUUUAUAUUUUUUAAUAAAAAAAACAAAAACAGAAACAAAAAAAAAAAACCCAGAAUCGCAUUGGAACAGUGAAUCAGUCCCAUGUUAUAGGGUCCAUUGGCCGUCACUGUCUUUGGGUGAUGCCCCAAGCCCUCUUGAAACCAGCCAAUUUAAUUACCUGUACUGUGGAAAAGAGCAUGAGUCCCCCAACCCAUUGUUUCUAUCCAUUCUACGUUGUCUUUUAAAACUUGUGCUUAACAUUGACACAAUAAAUGUUGGAGCUUUAGGUUCUGCUUGCUUGUUCUUUAAUUUUUAAUGCUUAAAAGACAAUGCAGCUGGUUAUGACUUUGUAUUACCAUAUCCAUUUGCUACAGAUAACUACUGGGUGGGUAGGGGGAGUGGGAGUCUGCAGUGGGGGGAGAUGAGGAAGGCAAAAGAGGUUAACAUCCACAAAAUGGCAUAAAUUUUCAAGGAGAAUCAAAAUGCAAAGCUCUAGGACUAAAUCAUAGGGAUAUCAUAAUUAAUGUAGUAAUAGUGUUGCUGUUUAUUAAUGCUGAAGUGUGGUUUUCCUAACUGUCUGACUUAUAAUUUGCAUACCAUUAAAUAAUACAUAAUGUGGCAUACUA